AUGGCGGAGGAAAGGAGCAGGCGUUUGGGUACACUGCCCUUGUUCAGGGAAUCUCUACAUCCCCUUGUGUCUCAGGAAUUCAGUGGCGAAUCUGUGUCCAAUCUCUUCUUUGCAACUUGUGUGGAUGAGGAAAUCCUGGUGGACUUGUCCAGUCCUGGGGGACGCCCGGCUUUGCAGUAUGAGAACGUGGUGGCCCACGAGGGCAGCUCCAUUCUGAGAGAUCUGGUUCUGAGUCCCAGCCGGCAGUAUAUCUAUGCCAUGACCGAGAAACAGGUGACUCGGGUUCCGGUAGAGAGCUGUGAACAGUAUACCACGUGCGAGCUGUGCCUGGGCUCCCGGGAUCCCCACUGUGGAUGGUGUGUCCUUCAUAACAUUUGUUCCCGGAAAGAUCGCUGUGAGCGGGCUGAUGAGCCCCAGCGUUUUGCAUCGGACCUGCUCCAGUGUGUCCAGCUCACCGUUCGGCCCAAGAACAUCUCAGUCACCAUGUCUGAAGUCCCGCUUGUCCUGCAAGCCUGGAAUGUCCCUGAUCUCUCGGCGGGAGUCAAUUGUUCCUUUGAAGACUUCACAGAGUCAGAGAGCCGCAUCGAGGAUGGGAAAAUCUACUGCCGUUCCCCUUCCUCAAAGGACGUUGUGCCCAUCACUCGAGGCCAGGGAGACAAGAGGGUUGUGAAGCUCUACCUGAAGUCCAAGGAGACGGGAAAGAAGUUUGCAUCUGUGGAUUUUGUCUUUUACAACUGCAGCGUUCACCAGUCCUGCCUGUCCUGUGUGAAUGGAUCCUUCCCUUGUCACUGGUGCAAAUACCGGCACAUCUGCACCCACAAUGCUGCCGACUGCUCCUUCCAAGAAGGCCGGGUCAACGUGUCUGAGGAUUGUCCUCAGAUCCUGCCAUCUACGCAGAUCUAUGUCCCAGUGGGUGUGGUGAAGCCCAUCACGCUAACAGCCAAGAAUCUGCCCCAGCCUCAGUCCGGCCAGCGCAAUUAUGAGUGCAUCUUCCACAUCCCUGGAAACCCAGCCCGCGUCACCGCCCUGCGCUUCAACAGCACCAGUAUUCAGUGUCAGAACACAUCGUACACCUAUGAAGGGAAUGAUAUCAGCGACCUGCCGGUCAACCUCUCUGUUGUGUGGAAUGGCAACUUUGUCAUCGACAACCCCCAGAACAUCCAGGCUCAUCUGUAUAAGUGUUCUGCCCUUCGUGAGAGCUGUGGGCUCUGCCUCAAAGCAGACCCGAGAUUCGAGUGUGGCUGGUGCUUGGCCGAGAAGCGAUGCUCCCUGCGCCACCACUGCCCUGCCCCGGAUGGCGGCUGGAUGCAUGCCAGUAGUGGCAACAGCCGCUGCGCAGACCCUAAAAUCCUCAAGCUUUCUCCAGAGACCGGCCCUCGGCAAGGUGGUACUCGGCUCACCAUCACCGGUGAGAACCUCGGCCUGAAGUUCGAAGAUGUGAGGUUGGGUGUGCGUGUGGGGAAGGUGAUAUGCAGUCCCAUCGAGAGUGAAUAUAUCAGCGCCGAGCAGAUUGUCUGUGAGAUUGGGGACGCGAGCCUCGGCCGAGCUCAUGACGCGCUGGUGGAGGUCUGCGUGCGAGACUGUUCCCCUCACUACCGAGCCAUGUCCCCCAAGAGGUUCACCUUUGUGACCCCCACCUUUUACCGUGUGACCCCUGCUCGUGGUCCACUCUCUGGGGGUACCUGGAUUGGUAUCGAGGGAAAUCACCUGAAUGCCGGCAGUGAUGUGGCUGUCUCCAUCGGGGGCCGGCCCUGCACUUUCUCCUGGAGAAAUUCCCGAGAAAUCCGCUGCCGCACUCCCCCAGGCCAGAACCCUGGUGGUGCCAACAUCGUCAUCAACAUUAACCGGGCUGAGCUCAGCAACUCUGAUGUGAAGUACAAUUAUACGGAGGACCCCACCAUCCAGAAGAUCGACCCUGAGUGGAGUAUUAACAGCGGUGGAACACUCCUCACCGUCACGGGCACCAACCUGGCCACCGUCCGAGAGCCCCGGAUUCGUGCCAAAUAUGGCAGUGCUGAAAGAGAAAAUACUUGCCUAGUGUACAAUGAUACCACCAUGGUGUGCCAGGCCCCGUCUAUCGACAACCCCACCCGGAGCCCCCCAGAAUUGGGUGACCGGCCGGAUGAAUUGGGCUUUGUGAUGGACAACGUGCGAUCCCUGCUCAUCAUCAACAGCACCAACUUCCUCUAUUAUCCCGAUCCCGUCUUUGAGCCCCUCAGCCCCUCAGGCAUCCUGGAGCUCAAGCCCAGCUCCCCCCUCAUCCUCAAGGGCCGGAACCUCCUGCCUCCUGCGUCAGGGAACUCCAGGCUCAACUACACCGUGCUCAUCGGGUCCACGCCGUGUGUGCUGACCGUGUCUGAGACCCAGCUGCUGUGUGAAUCGCCCAACCUCACCGGUCAGCACAAAGUCACGAUCAAGGCAGGCGGCUUUGAGUUCUCGCCAGGGACGCUGCAGGUGUACUCAGACAGCCUCCUGACUCUUCCGGCCAUCAUCGGCAUCGGGGGCGGCGGAGGCUUGCUGCUUCUGGUCAUCAUCGUGGUCCUCAUCGCCUACAAGCGCAAGUCCCGGGACGCCGACCGCACCCUCAAACGCCUGCAGCUCCAGAUGGACAACCUGGAGUCCCGAGUGGCCCUCGAGUGCAAGGAAGCCUUUGCAGAACUGCAGACAGACAUCCAUGAGCUGACCAAUGACCUGGAUGGAGCUGGCAUCCCCUUCUUGGACUAUCGUACCUAUGCCAUGAGGGUCCUCUUCCCAGGCAUUGAGGACCACCCGGUGCUGAAGGAGAUGGAGGUUCAGGCCAACGUGGAGAAGUCACUCACCCUGUUUGGACAGCUCCUGAACAAGAAACACUUCUUGCUGACCUUCAUCCGCACGCUGGAGGCACAGCGCAGCUUCUCCAUGAGGGACCGCGGCAACGUGGCAUCCCUCAUCAUGACGGCGCUCCAGGGGGAGAUGGAGUACGCCACGGGUGUCCUGAAGCAGCUCCUGUCGGACCUCAUCGAGAAGAACCUGGAGAGUAAGAAUCAUCCCAAACUGCUUCUGCGGAGGACAGAGUCGGUAGCAGAGAAAAUGCUAACCAACUGGUUCACGUUUCUACUCUACAAGUUUCUCAAGGAGUGUGCAGGUGAGCCUCUCUUCAUGCUGUAUUGUGCAAUCAAGCAGCAGAUGGAGAAAGGUCCUAUUGAUGCCAUCACUGGGGAGGCCCGCUACUCUUUGAGUGAAGACAAACUCAUCCGCCAGCAGAUCGACUACAAGAUGCUGACACUGAACUGUGUGAAUCCAGAGAAUGAGAAUGCCCCGGAGAUCCCUGUCAAGGUGCUGAACUGUGACACCAUCACCCAAGUGAAGGAGAAGCUGCUGGAUGCUGUUUACAAGGGUGUUCCAUACUCCCAGAGACCCAAGGCUGGGGACAUGGACCUGGAGUGGCGCCAGGGCCGAAUGGCCAGAAUCAUCCUGCAGGACGAGGAUGUGACCACCAAGAUAGACAAUGACUGGAAGAGACUGAAUACCCUGGCGCAUUAUCAGGUGACCGAUGGCUCCUCAGUGGCCCUGGUGCCCAAGCAGAACUCUGCCUAUAAUAUCUCCAACUCUUCUACCUUCACAAAGUCCCUCAGCAGAUACGAGAGCAUGCUCAGGACCGCCAGCAGUCCGGACAGCCUGCGCUCGCGCACCCCGAUGAUCACACCUGACCUGGAGAGCGGCACCAAGCUGUGGCACCUGGUCAAGAACCAUGACCACUUAGACCAGCGGGAAGGGGACCGAGGCAGCAAGAUGGUCUCUGAGAUCUACCUGACCAGGCUGCUGGCCACAAAGGGGACCUUACAGAAGUUUGUGGAUGACCUAUUUGAGACCAUCUUCAGCACAGCUCACAGGGGUAGUGCUCUGCCCCUUGCAAUCAAAUACAUGUUUGAUUUCCUGGAUGAGCAAGCUGACAAACACCAGAUCCAUGACUAUGAUGUUCGGCAUACCUGGAAAAGCAACUGCCUACCUCUGCGCUUUUGGGUGAACGUGAUCAAGAACCCACAGUUCGUGUUCGACAUCCACAAGAACAGCAUCACGGACGCCUGCCUGUCCGUGGUGGCCCAGACGUUCAUGGACUCCUGUUCCACCUCUGAGCACAAGCUGGGCAAGGACUCUCCCUCCAACAAGCUGCUGUAUGCCAAGGACAUCCCCAACUAUAAGAGCUGGGUAGAGAGGUACUACUCAGACAUCGCCAAGAUGCCCGCAAUCAGCGAUCAGGACAUGAGCGCCUACUUGGCGGAACAGUCGCGGCUACACCUCAGCCAGUUCAACAGCAUGAGUGCCCUGCAUGAGAUCUAUUCCUACAUCACCAAGUACAAGGAUGAGAUCUUGGCUGCUUUGGAGAAGGAUGAACCGGCACGAAAGCAGCGGCUUCGGAGUAAGCUGGAGCAGGUGAUAGACACUAUGGCCCUGAGCAGCUGAAAAGUCCAGGAGGGCCCUUGGUGACUUUUUCCUAGUGGCAGACUCUGAGAACCAGAGAGACAAAGACAGAGAGAGAGGCCGGCAGCAGGGGCAGCAGUGUCUGUCCCCCACCCCCGUCCGUGCUGGGGAGGAAGCGGGGGACCACGUUGCAUUCACCAGAGCCCCUCCCUGAGCCAGCCAGCACCGCCAAGCCAAGGAAAACGCCAACACUUGAUCUGCCGAAGAAGGGAGAAUCACAGAACCCACUCGCCCGCCCGCCUGCCUGGAGAGAGAGAGAGAGAAAGAAGGACCUUUCCAGGCAGCAGCACAUGGUGGGAGGCAGAGAAGGAGGCCACAAUCACUUGGCAAGGAGGCAGCAGCCAUGCACGCCUCCACUCCUCAUUGAAGGCUGGCACAGUGGAAAUGGUGCUCCCUUUAGGGGAUGAUGCUGGGGGAGAGGGUGGGCAUCUUGAAUCCUCCCCUCAGCCCCCCACCCCCUUUUCCAUGGAGGUUUCAGAUUUUAACUCCUCCAAAUGUGACUGUUUUCUUCCACUCUCUCAUCUGUCCCCCCUGGACCCAGUCUCUCCCCCUUCCCUCCCCCAUCUUUCUCAUUUACCUGCUCUAUUUGCACAGCUUACAGAACAUCAAAAUUUUCCUUUUACAAAUCCACAAAUAGAAAGGAAAAAAAUGUAACGAGAAAGGUUUUAUAUGUGACAUGAAAUUGGCUUCUCCCCCCCCCUCCCCCCCGCAAAAAAAAUGAAAGGGAAAACUUAUAACCUGGUCAUCAGAGCCCAAGCAGCACAGAAAAAGGAAAGGGUGUGCAGUCAAGGUGAAAGCUUCCUGUCCCAUACCACGUGUCAUCUGAAUCCCCCUCAGCACAAAUGGGAGAGGAGAGCAGCGAGGUGCUCCCCAAACCUAGAGAGGUGGUCCAGAGUCAGAGAAGGACAAAGGGCAGCUCCUGAGGGGCCAGAGGUGGAGCUGGGAAGUACAAGGGCUGCUGGGAGUUGGGCAGGUGGAAUGGGGGGAGGAGGUGUGGCCCAUUCCCUCUCUCUUCCUGGUCCCUCCCCACUCCCUACUUCCUUCCUCCUUCCCAUUAUCCCAAGCUCCAGCCUGCUCCCCUAUCCAUGGGCUUCCUAAAAUAGUGACCUCCUCAAACCCAGUACACCUUCCUCAAGGGCCAAAGGAUAAAAUCCACAUUGAGGUGGCUUGGUGGGAUAUGUGUCUCUGCUUCUAAUAGGUCCAUAUACUGGAAACCCACAUCUGGCUCUGGACAAAGUCAUUCAGUGGAGAGCUUUGCCUGAGGGAAAUCUGCUGUGUCUGGAGACCCCUGUUUGUCUGAUCUCCUUCUGCAAAAGGGCUUGAUGCCUUUGGGCCUUCCACUUCCCCCAGAAUACCUUGGCGCCCCGGAUUGUGGUCAUGUAUGAAACUGCCCCUCACGCUAUUACCGGAGAUGAGGGUCUACAAAGAGAGGACUAAGCCCUUUUCCAUCCCUCACUGAUGCUGUUAGAAAGAAAGAGGCAAGGCAAGGCCAGACUGUCCACCACCACCCUUCCCCACAGGAUUGAAUCAUGACCUACAGGCAAAAGUCCUCAUUUCUUGUGGUUGUGAGUCACAGAGCCACAGAGACAUUGGCUCCAGAGGAGCCUCCUAGAGCUGGGUGAUAAAGUGGGUGGGGAAGCUCUUGGCCACAUCCAGGUGUCACUACUCCCCUCCACUCUUUCCUCUGUCCUGGGAAAUCCUUGUUAGAAUUGGGCCUAUUAGGGGGGCUGGGAAACAAAGGAGUCAGCAGCAGCAGGCCCUUCAAAUGAGUUACCGAGAGCUGGGGCACGGAUGUUUUGGUUAAUGGUGAGAGGGAAUAAAUCUCUGACUUUUUUCUGGCUCAAGUCUUCUGUCAUCCUUGAGUCUUAUCUAGCAGCAGCUGGCCAUAGCUCUGUUCUCUAGGCCUAACGAACAGAAGAAAUAGAGACCGAGGGCGUCCUGAGGAUUCAGAUGGAAGUAGGCUGGUGAACGUGGCAUUCGGAGGGUGCCAUUCACUGGGCCUUCCCACUUCUGCUGUCUUCCUCACUGUCAUCAUCUUCAUCCUCCUUGUACGUCAUCGCUGUCACCACCAUUCUCAGGAGCACCACCGCCGCCAUCGUCAUCAUCACCAAACGUGCUUGAAACUCUUCUUUCCUCACACCACAGCCCCGACUAAAUGAGUACUUCUUUGGCCUUGUCCUCUGGAGGAUGUCUGUUUUUAAUUCAACUACAGUUUCUGUACAGCUUAUGCCACCAGUGACUCCCAUGCUCAACCGUGAGAGGCUGCCCAUGGGCCUGUGGAAGUGCUUGGGGAUCCCCCAUAAGACCCCCAGGGCCUAUGGUUGAACAUUGCUCUCUAGGUAUUUAUUUUACCCAACUACUAGUCAUUAAACCAACUCCCCACAAGUCUAGGCCAAGCAUGGCCAAAGUUAGCCUUUGAUCUCUUCUGGUGCAGGCCGAAAACUUCACGAGACUAGCUCUUGAAUCUCUCCAGAGUGUCUUUACUUCUCUCUCUCUCUCUCUCUCUCUCUGUCUUGUCUUCUUUCCUUUCCUCUGUCUUCCCUCUUGUCCUCUCCCCCUGGGUGAUUUCCAAGUUCCUGUCCAGUUGGAAAUCUAGCACCAAGCAGUGAACCUCAGAGUGGAGAUGGUAUUUGAGGGGAGCCUUUUGUUUUUGCUUUUUUAUUUUUUAAUGAGGAAAGAAAGAAAAGAGAAAGCCUGUUUGGUUCUCAUGUAGUGGCUUUACUGGUGCCCAGAGCCACAGCUGAGAGAACUCUCCCUCAGUUACCCCGCCAGGCCAAGAUGAUGCUGUUCACAAUAUGUAUUGCUGCUGCCUCAGCCUCGGAUCACAGGGAGCCAGGCCUGCCCUCCGAGGGGGGCAUUCCAGUGACCCCGAGGGACUGCUCUGUGUCCGUUCACACCCUCAGUGACCAAGUAAGAACAAAUGAAGUUUUUAAUUCAAAAACAGAGAAUUGUACAUAUAUAUAUAUAUAUAUGUGGUUACAACCUAAAUCUCCAGCCCCAGGAGGGUCCUGUAUAGUUGACUGAAGGAGAAAAUUUAGGGGAAAAAAAUGAAAAAAAGAAAAAGAUAUAGAAUAAGAAAACUAAACCAGUGGGAAAAACAAAAAAAAAACAAACAUACCAAAUGGUCUGGAAGGAACUUCCAAGAGUUUAUCACCAAGCGGAACAAUCUUUGAAGCCUGAACACCUCUAAUUAUGCGGUGAUUUUGUUUUUUUUUUUUUAAACUUCAAGGAGGAAGAAAAAGCUACCCCAAGUCCUCAGAAAGUCCGGGACUGCGUAGGACCCGCGAAUUACUGCAUGAGCGUGCUAGAUUUUAGUCUGAGUUGGUCUUUUUAAAAUUGCAAGUGUUGAAUACUAGAGGUUGUUUAGACCUUUUUUAUUAUGAUGAUUAUGAUUUUUAAUUAAUUUGUCACUUCUUGUAAAAGGAAAAAAAAUGGAUGAAAGUAGUCUUACCUUCUCCAGUUUACUUCUAAAAUGGUACUAAAGGUUUCUGUGUACUUUAAGGGACAGCUAACUGUGAUGGGACCAGCAGUCUCCCCCUCCCCGCGGCACCUGGUCUUUCCCAGGGGUCUCAGGGAGGCCUCUUGUUUCUCCAAGGUGACUGGGUCCCUUGGUGAUGGGAAUCAACCCUGGGAGGCUAGUUCCAAAAAGUAAGUUUCCAUUGAUUUUGAAGACUUAGGUUCACGGGGAGAACCCCUUAUUGACCUAAAUGGAAUUUUUUUGCUUCAUUUUUCUGCUCACUGGAUCCCCUCCCCCCGCUUCCCCCUCAGGGUUCCUCUCCCCACCCUCUGCCUCCAUUAAAUUUAGAGUCAUGGAUGGGAGGUUAUGGGAGUUCACUUAGAGUCAUCAGGCGUUCCCCCAAAAAAUGUGGGGGGAAGUUUCUUUGGAAUCAGUCCUGAUCUUUGACUCAGGAAAUCCUCAUUUGCCAUUAAGCUAUUAGGAAACAUGACAGAUGAGGAAACCAUUUCUGAGGCUCCAGAAACAAGAUGGAGAUUUAUGCUUAAGGACCACUGUUUCCAGUACUGUUCAAUUUUUAACGAAUUGGGAUAAAGACUUUCCCCAGGCCAAUUGGCUUAGCUUAGGCCUCAGUAACAUAUUUCCUUUGAUUGAACCCUCUAGGGAUUCAAAGCAAGUUUAAGAUUAGAAUGGGAUGUUAUGGUCAGACCAAGUGAUGGACUGAGUCCUAUCUAACAUUCCAGUCAAGCUCUUUGUCCUCUCUCCCCAUUCCUCCCUGCUAGUCCCUGGAAACAGGUUCUGGACCAAGAUCUUGGUAUCAGUAAGGAAGAGGAUCCCUGUAGCUAACCAGCCUUCUCUGGAGAGACAAAGUUAAGUUCAGUUCCACAAGGCUCCUGAGACAAAGUGCUAGACAGGUGAAGCCCCAUGCUUUAAAUGAUCUAAUCAAGCCUUGCAGAUAGUUUGGGGAAAUGGCUUUGCCCCCAGUGGACUGGCCCAUGCUCAUGUCAUCCCCAGACGCUGUUGCCACUUCAGUGCAGGAGGGGGACUCAGGCUUCAUAAAAGCAGCCCCCACUCAUUCAGAAACCAUAGUGAUUCUGGUAGGCAUUGGGCUGAUGCUUCCCUUUGUGUUAUCUAGAAAGGAUUUAAGUCAUUUGGGGGAGGGAGUAGGGGGCAUGUUUAACCUACUUGAGAGCACAGAUUGGUUUCAAGCCUCCUCAAGCACUUUAGAAGCUUCCAUUUAUACAAAAUGAUUGACAGUGCUAAUUAUAAAUCAUUCUUAUCUAUUCAUUAAAGCCAGUCCCCUAAGGAUCUGUACUAGGGAGUAGAUUCCUUUGCUUGGUUCUAAUUACCAUAUGUACUUAAAAGUAGGAAAACUACAUUUCUUUUUUAAAGUCUGUAAUCUAUACUUGAGGGGCAUUGUGUAUAGGAUAAUGCCUUUGGAGUCAGGAAGAUAUAUUAGCUAUGUCAUCCUGGGUAAAUCACUUCCAGGCAGCUCUCCAAGACCAUCCACGUGCACUGGGAGAGGGUAUUUCCUCACCAGGUUUUCCCUAUACCAAUGAAAUUCUAAGUCUGGUCCUUCCCACCCCCUCUUCCCAAAAUUCGUCAAGCUAGGCUUGCCUCUAAGUGAAGCUAACCUCACCUCAUGGUCUAAACUGUUGAAUUAGAGUCGAAGAUAGUCACUAUCACCCACAGCUUAUUUUGCUUCCUCUCGCAGAAAGGUCAAGUUCAGAGCUAUUGCUGGUUGUACCUUAGAUGCAAAAAUAAAUGGGGGAAUGGACCACUGGAAAGGGGAGGAGUAAGAAAAUGCAAGGUCUAGUAGUGAGUAGAGGGUUCUCACACCUGCAUUGCACCUGGGUCCCCUCAUUCACUCAGGUUACCCCCGGACCCCCUCCACCCUUGACAGUUUUGCAGGUUGAAUCUGAUUUUAUCCAUUUCUUCAGCCCUAGUGAAUAUGAGCCAGUGGGUCAUAAAGUCAAGCCAAGAGGGUGAAUGUAGAAAUGACUCCAGCAGCAUGGAGUAGUAGAAGGGGGCCCAGACUGAACCAAGAAAUCUUGGCUCCAGAAUCAGCCUUGACACAAGCUCACUACUUGACCCGGCCAGGGCCUUAGUUUCCUCCUGUAAUGCCUUAGUGAGGAGGGUGGGGAGGGCAUUUUAAAAAGAUGUAAUAUAUACAGCAGCAUCUCACUGCAAGAGUCUUUGGUUGACUCCCACCAGACAAACACAGCUGCCCUUUCCUGUCCUCCAGUGGAGGCAGGGACAGCUCCAAGAAAACUCCACUGGGGUCUUAGAAGCAUGAGAGUCAUUUGUGUUUCUUUGCCAGAUAGCAAUGGGGGCAUUGGGCUGGGGUCUUCUUGCCAUCUCUCUAAGGAGACCUGAAUCUACCUCAUGCUUCCCUCUCCAUGCUCCAGAGCACUGACCCGCCCCUUCCCCAAGCCUUGUCUACUCUCUAGACCCCUCCACAUUGUUGGCUUGGACCAGAGAGUGUGUGCUCACGUGCCUCCAGCCCAGAGGCCUGAUUGGCAGACAAGGGCUUUAGAAGCUCCUUUUAUCCUAGCCAAUAGUCUCCAUCAAUUGCGUCGACCCCAGAAUUCAUCCCUCCUCUCUUUUCCCCACUCCCCACCUCCACAACCAACACCCUCUAGGCAUGAGCCUUUCUGCUUUUAGCUAAGCUUGUCUUUAGCUGGGCUCAUCCUUAAAACCUCUCCGGCUUAGGAAAUCCUGUCUUGGCUUGGCGUAAUCUUUGAGAGCCCUGGGGUCACUUCCAUACCACAGGGAGGCAUCAGCCAGAAGACUUCAGGGGAGCGCAAGACCAUGGUUUUGAGUGGACCCCAAAGUUAGUUCCUUAGGGGAGUGGUAACUGGUAUUUUAAGUCCUUAAUGUUUAAAAUCCUCCUGGAACACACACAUAUGCACCACCACCAGGAAAAACAGCAUGGCACUGCCUCUCUGAGCUCCAGGUUUCAUAGAAUCAAUGGGACCCUUCUUGGUCCCCACUUUCCCCCCAAGAUCAUCAAAUUUACAUUGACUCCAUUUUCUUUAUCAUUCAGCCUCUCAAAGGAAUCCCUCCCAACUAUUUCCCUUUCCCCACUCUCCAACCCCCCAAUUUUGGAAUCAGCGGCUCAAAUCCUUGGCCUCACCAGAUAUAGGAUAGAUAUAUUUAGAGAGAGAGAGAGAGAGAGAGAGAUUUAUAUUUUUAAGAUGAAGCACACAAUUAGCUGUCCCUUAACGUCGUUGUCGUCCACAUUUCAAAUGGAGAGAAGACAGAUGGUUUUAAUGGUCUGAUCAGCGGUUCCGAUAAACGUUACUCAGUCGCUCCACGUUGGAAGCGGUGGGGCCCAUAGAUCUUUGUGCCCUUGGAUUGUGUAAAUAUCCUGCUAUUUCCUAUUUUAAUGUUCUUCAGAUUUAGUACUUGUAAAUAAAAGCGCAUCAAGGAGAGAUUAAAACAUUUUUGCUAAAG